AUGGAAGAAGGUUGUUCUUAUGACCAUCUGCCUCCACAAGACAAUACUCAUCGUUCGCCUUCUGCACAAAAGUCGUCGUCAGUGAAUAAUAAUGACGAAAAUGAUGAGUCAAAGCGUUGCGCUCUCGAUUUAUCUUCGCAGUUGUGGUAUUGGGGUGAUACAUCCAAGGAUUUGAUCGCAUCCGCUAUGAAUGGAUGUGAUAGUGGUACAUAUUGUGUUCGAGAUGCGUCAACGAAGGGUGAUUACACAUUGACACUUCGCUUCGGCGAUAGGAACAAACUGAUAAAAAUAUUCGUUUCGAAUGGUCGUUGUGGGUUCGCGAUGGAGGACUUGAGAUUUGCGACAGUUGUUGAAUUAGUCGAUUAUUACAAGCGCAACUCAUUAGCUGAAUACAAUCGACAGCUAGAGACUGAAUUAUUGUAUCCAUUGAGAAGACCGAAUAUCGAGAAAACAAUGUGGGAAAUCGAUGGUGUGCAUAGUGUCGAACAUUUAUUAUGCCAGCUGCGUGGACUUCGUGCAGCGCAUUCACGUAUUCUACGAUUGGAUGAUCAAAUCAAUGCUGAACUUGAAACGAAUAAAACACUGCUGACGAAUGAAUCAGAAUUGGCGCAUUUGAAUGUAAAUAUCGAAUUUCAGCAGAGGCGAUCGGAAAGUAUCCAAAUUCAACAAGAACAAAUGAAUCAACAAGUAAAAGUUAUCGAAGCGCGUAUUGAAGAACUCAAUCUGUCACGUUCGAAACUGAGACCGAAAUUAUCAAAUUUAUACGCUGAUGUAAACAAUUGCGAGUAUCGUUUAUGUCAAUUGAAAGUUCCACAGUCAACGUUAGACAAGGAGCGACAAGAGGUUUCUUUCUUAUUGGAUGCUGAACCCGAACCGCUAUCGCAUAUUCUUAUGCAACUUCAUAUCAAGUGGCAACCUGAUAGAUUCCUUUCAACCGAUUGUAGUAAGGAGAAUGGAAUGAAAAUAGUACGGGCAUUGAUGGACUGUAAUCCAAAUAACUCAAAUGGGAUAUUUGUUAUAAGACGUAGUGGUUCACAAGCCGGGCAUUAUGCAUUGACCAUAUCGAAUGAUAAUCAGAUAUACAAUUGCUUAAUUGAACAUAGAGAUGUGAAACAUCCAGAAUCAUGUGGAUAUGCAUUUCGCAAUACGAAACUAUUCUUUGCGACACUGGUUGAUUUUGUACGUUAUUAUAGCCAUUGUUCUAUGAAAGAGCACAAUUCACAGUUGAAUACGCGUUUAGAAAUCCCUGCGUUCAAAGGUACACUCUAG